AUGACAGUGGGCGAAGAGCACGAGACCUCCAUUUCGGACACUGUCAAGCUUGUCUGCGCUCUGAGCGGCUUCAAGGGAGAGAUCAUGUGGGACGACUCGAAGGCCGACGGACAGCUGAAGAAGACCGCAGACAAUACUAAGAUGCGGAGUCUGAUGGGCGAUUUCGAGUUCACCCCUUUAGAACAAGGCCUCCGUGAGACCAUCCAGUGGUAUGGUGCAAAUGCCGACAAUGCUCAAGCCAAGGAGCAAAUCAUUCUGUAA